CUCAGUCCCCCCUCCGCCCACCUCUCCCUCAAGUUCAUCGCCCUAGGCCGCGGCACGCAGAACUACACCUGCCCGUCCACGAACUCAUCCACAGCGCCCACCGCCACCGGCGCCGUCGCCACGCUCUACGACGUCUCCUGCAUCGCCGCAACCCCGAAGAAUCACGGACACCAAUUCCUCCACGCCCUCCCGGGACUCACCCGGUCCAUCCCGCAGGAAGUCCUGGCCUUCUACGCCGUGCUGCUGUCCCAGUCCGCGAUCAUCGGGGAGCAUUACUUCUCUGCCCCCCAACCUUCUUCCACCUCGAUAGCAGCAGCAGCAGCAAUGCCCGUCUUCGAUCUCCGCCCCGCGACUUUCGGAAAACAGGGCGGAAGAUAUGAGUCCAACUGGGUCAAGGCCAAAAAGGUGGAGAGUGUGAAUGCCCCCCGGGGCGGGGAUGGAGAUGUGCCUUGGUUGAAGAUGGUUGGGGUGGAGGGAUCUGGUAUCAAGGAGAUCUACCGUGUCCACACAGCUGGAGGAACGAGUCCGGCGACGUGCGCGGCGCACGAGGGGGAGUUUGGGGUGGAGUAUGCGGCGGAGUAUUGGUUUUAUGGAUGA